GUCAUCAGAGUAGACUGGGACAGCGGAGUGUCAGCAGGAAGGCAGUUCGGUCGCGGUCAGACAGGUGAUCAAUGGCGAGAUGAUUUCCGGGAUGACUUUGAUCCCUCUAGAGGGGGCCAGGGCCGAGGCUUAUUGAAAGCACUUGAGAGCG